CGCCUUUUUGCGUUGCGUGCCAUUUGAUUUCCCUCCUGAAAAAACCGGCCAUCGGCCAUUUCUUCAACGGCUAGUGGUGUCAGUUAUAAAAAUGUCAGAAACCUUCAAAAUUGGAACUUUAGUAUGGGCGAAAAUGAAAGGAUUCCCACCCUGGCCGGGCCGGGUAUCAAACCCUCCAAAAGACGCAAAGAGACAAUCUGUAAAGAAAGGCCAACAUUGCAUUUACUUCUUUGGGAGCAAAAAUUAUGGGUAUAUAGAAGAACCCCAGUUAAAACCUUACUUUGAAUUUAAAGACACCCUCAAGAAUGCAAACAAAUCUGCAGGUUUCAAAGAAGCUGUUGCAGCAAUAGAACUGUUCAUUGAAAACAAAGGAGAGAAUUUUAAUGAUACUGCGUCUCUCAAUGAUUCUGAAGAAGCAUUUAACCGCCUAAAAGAAUCAUCUGUCCCAGACUCGGAAAAUGAAAAAUCAGCAAAGCCGGACAAACCAGAAAAACCGAAGAAACCGAAAAAGGAUGUAACUGCAGCCAAAAUUAAAAGAGAAAAUAGCAAAUCAGGUGCCUCACCAUCUGUCCCGAGGAAGAAAGUGAAAUCAAGUCACCUUGAUGACAGCACUUACAGUGGGUUAGAAACAAGUAGUAUUUUAAAUCACGUCGGCUCUCCCAAGAAAACUCCCGGAUCAAAUCUUUUAGACAGACCGACAAAUAUAAUCAGACCUGACACACCUCCUCUAGAUGUGGAAAAUAUAUCACAAACUCUAAGAGAAAAGAAUGUCCUUCCCUCAGACCUGAAGUUUGGUUUCCUCGGUUUGGGUAUAAUGGGUUCUGGGAUGGUCAAAAACCUUUUAAAUUCUGGUCACUCAGUCAUCGUAUGGAACAGGACUCCAGACAAGUGUGCAGAUUUUGUAAAAGCAGGAGCCGAACAAGGAAUGACUCCGUCAGAUGUGGUACAAGUAGCUGAUAUUACAUUUUCUUGUGUCGCUGAUCCACAGGCAGCCAAAGAUAUGGUUUUUGGAAACUGUGGUGUUCUACCAGAAAUGAACCCAAACAAAGGAUAUGUCGAAAUGACCGGUAUUGAUGCUGAGACCUCACAAGAUAUCGCAGAUGCCAUUCUAGGAAAAGGAGGGCGGUAUUUAGAAGCACAGGUUCAAGGAAGCAAAGUUCAAGCAGAAGAAGGCACUCUUGUCCUCCUUGCAGCCGGAGAUAGGCAGCUUUUCGAUGAAUGUCAGUCGUGUUUUAUUGCUAUGAGCAAGAACUCAUUUUACCUAGGUGAAGUGGGGAAUGCUUCAAAAAUGAACCUUGUUCUGCAGAUGAUGGCAGGAGUUACAAUUGCUGGCCUUGCCGAGGGAAUGGCACUCGCAGACCGAGCAGGGUUACAACAGAAGGAUGUUCUAGAAGUAAUGCAACUUACAGCCUUAGCGUGUCCAACAAUUUUGGAGAAAGGCAAAGCGAUAAUUGAUGGCGGUUUCUCCACACACUUGCCGUUACAACAUCUGCAAAAAGAUCUAAAGCUGUCGCUUAACCUCGGUGACCAGUUGGAGCAGCCACUUCCCCUAACCGCAUCAGCAAAUGAAGUCUUCAAGCAUGCAAAACGCCUUGGUUACGGGGAGCAUGAUGCGUCUGCUGUUUACAUUCGCGCUCGUUUUUAAUCCUCACCAAAUUAUAAUUUGUAUGUCAAAAUCAGCUUCGUUAUGGAUGACUCAAUUUUGACUCGUUCGUACUUUAAUUGUACCUUGACCUAUUCUGUAUGUGAGUUUUAUCUUUCUUCAGCUGUAAAUAUCCUUCCAAUUUUUUUUUUUGUAUUCUCUAUGGGGGGCCAAUUAUCUAAAUUCAUUCUCAAAAAUUUUCUUUGGUAGAGGAAAAAAUAUUUCUAAGUAAGAGGAAAGUAUGUAUUUUACACACAAUAGCUCCUAUUUUUUUUAUUCUGAGACCUCUACUUUUUUCCUGUACCCUAAAAUUUGAGAAAAUUAGUUUCAUUUCAACAAAAAUUAGAACCGGUGAAAUUACGAUCAAUGAUACUUUUAAUUUCUCACAAAUAACCUGCACCAAAGUGAAGGACAGAAAUCUUCAUCUGCCUAUUUUUGAGUGUUGAGUAAUGAAGCCUAACAAAUAAAAUGCCGGCAAUUUCGACCAUAGGCAGUUAAGAAAUGCUCCUCACAUUACUCAACUCGUUAGGUGUCAAUUUGUAUGAUGUGUUAAUAUUUAUAUAUAUUUUUUGUAUCUUUACUGUUAACUGUAGUGUUAGUUUUGCCCCAGAAAUGGAAGAAAGGUCGACAAUGAGUAUUUAUUUCCUGGACAUUAUUUCACACUCUUAAAUUGUUCAUUCUCCCCUCACUUUAUUUAUUUUCAUUUUUUUCUCAGUGUACCUUUGAUGUUGACACUAUUUGACCAGUAGUAGCAACUCUACUUUCAUGGGGGUAAUUUUCAUAGUACCCCACUGCGAUGUUAAUAAAGGAUCCAUAACUAUUCUUGUAUGGUCAUUUUCCUUGAAAGCGCACAUUGUCUGGCAAGUUUCUCUUAAUGUUCAUAUGCAUAUUAAAGUGUUACUCACUUUUGGGCAAGAUUUCUUCGAGAGGCCUCGUAUGAGUGGUGGGGAAUAUAAAACCACAGCUACCCAAGUUUCAAAAAGAGAAACAUUAUAUACCAUAAAUGACAACAAUGCAAUUGAAUCUUAUCGAUAAAACUGAUUUUGAUAACUUCAUUGAGGCUCAGGGAACUCCUCGUCACAAGAUCACCCAAACAACAAAGUAAAUUCUUUUUUAUCUCAGAAAAAUUGCCCAUGUGAAUAUUUUUUCAAUUCAAUUUUUUACUCUAAUUCAAUUGGCUCCAGGAAAAAGGUCCAAGUCUGCCGUCAAUAUGAAUCAAACAUAAAAAAUUGAUGAAUUGCAUAACAGGAAGUGGAGUAUUUUUCAUGUCCUUUGUUCUCUCGGUAAUUUAUGAUUUGGACUACAUUUUGUAGUUUUGAACUACAAUUUCUGGCUUUGUUCAGAAACAUUGUAUGUACCAUUAGUUUCCCCUUGUACUUAAGUGUUUUAAUGGAUGAGCCAGAAAUUGUAGUGCCUAAUUGCAAAAUUAAGUACAUUUAAUCCUGGCUCUCAUAUGAAGUUGACACUGUUGUUUGAUCGCUUUCCAGUGUUUGAUGAAGAACGAAGGUGAAUAAGUGAAAAAAUCUGAGCUGAACCAAUGAUCACUCUUUUUAGCGCUUUUUAUUUUCCCUUCUCUUCUCCAGACCGAACCCAUCGAUCGAUCUCAUUUGCACUUAAUUUUUGCAAUACUUGUCCGGGAAUUCUGCUUCUCCAACUCAUCUCUCAUUUCAAAUGUCUCUCAUAUCAGCUCUGGACCGCGGCCUUUACUCUCUCUCCCAUAUAUUCAUAGCCAAAAUCAUCCUCAGAAACUUGAAAAUAGACUGUAAAAAGAGGUUUUGUGGAUUAUAAUUUGGAAAAUUAUUGUAAAUGGUGACUGGAUCAAUGAUUUCAAGUUUGUAGAAUGUGACUGUAAUUAAAUUGUUAGAGUUGGGAGUUACUCAAGUUACACCAACUCCUAUAACAUCAUUUAUUAGAAAAUUUCUCAUGUGCUGUAUUAUAUCACCGCUUUUUUCAAUUCUUCUAGACAAUGUAGGAACUUAAUGUUUAAAAGUUUUUUAAUUUAUUCCAUUCACAUUUCAAUUUUUGUAAUUUUCCUCAUUUUAUUUUAUUUUUUCUACUCUACAACUUUCAGUGAUGAUUAUGGCAUUCAUGUCGGAAGGUUAUGUAUGUAUAUUUUGCUUCCCUGUAACUGUUCAAAGCAAUCCAGUGAUCCUGAGCCCUACAAAAUGCUUUAUUUGUUUGAAAAAGUAAAUUUCUGGUUGCUAUUAUUUUUUCCCCGUUCAAAAUUAAGAUUCAUUUCCUCAAAAAGAUGGCCCAAGAGUCUGCACUUAAUUUGAAUAUCCUUCAUCAAUUUUAAAGCCGUUGGAAAUCAACGAGUCAGUGUAUUCUCUCAGUGUAUUGAUUCAUUUUUGCUGAGGGAUGAACAGAAAAUCAGCAUAAUAUUCAAGCUACGGAUAUAUAAAUCAUCAGAAAAAUUGUGUGAUAUCACCUCCUAAGUUAACAUUUUAAACUCAUUUUUGCUUUUCUUUAAGAAAGUUCAUUUGAUGCCUGCUAAGUGCAGUUAAAUAACUAAAAUUUGAUCUUUUGAACAGGGAAAAAUGUAUUAAAAUACUGAAUAUAUUCCUAAAUUGGUACGUAGAACAUCAAAUUUUAAUGCAUUCUGCCUGAAAAGUGCUGUAUUCCCACUUCUCUGAAACAUUUUACCCAGCUGUAUCUUUGUGACUUUAUUUUGUUUGUCAAGCAUAACCCUGUAUUUGUUAUUCAAAACUCAAAACCACUCACUUUAUAAAAAAUCCUUGUCACUUCUUCUCUCACUUUGUAUUUAUAAAUAAUUUUAGAUAAAAAAGUGAAAAUUUAUCACAUAGAUUAAGAAGGUGGGUUUGAAAAACGAAAACUCCUCAGCUUCUCAGAAUGAAACUGACCAGAUAAAUGUUGAAAGUUGCUUCCUGUAAUUUAGUCGGAUUUUCUUUUUCUUUUUUUUUUACGACCAUUAUUACGGAUAAAUUUAUCAGACAUAUUAUUUCUUCUGUGUGAUUGUGCCAGUGAUUGUGUGAGAUAUUGCAAAAUUUUUCCAAAAAUGGCAUUUACACCAGUAUAAUUAGUCUUUUUAGUGUUUAACAGAUUUUUACAAAUUAACUCUGUGAUCUUACUUUGCCUUAUCCUCGCAUUAAAGUUCGACGUUAGUUUUGCAGUUGGACUCUAAUCCUUUUCCUCUAACUGUAAAACUGCUCCAACAACAGUCAAACUCAAAGACAGAAAUGAGGUUUAAGGAUUAUCAUGUCUAUCUAAUCAUAUAACACAGAAUCAUGAUCAGCCAUUGUAGGAAUGAUGUUAAGAAUCCUCACUCUGCUCUUAAGAUUCAUUCCUAAAGGAUUACAAAUACAUGUUUGAUGAAUAUAUUUAUUAAAUUGUUGCUUCCCAGGCAAAGGAACGUAACAUCCAUUGCAAUGUUGCAAAAUUUCGACUCUCCAGCUGGUGGGCGCUUUUCAUCAAAACCAUCGCCGAUUUUUCUGCUGAUUGAAAAUCAGUGGAACUUAGGACCGGAAUUUCACAGUCAUAAUUCAACUAAAUAUUAAAUUGUUUAAGUCAAUUUUGCAACCUCGGAAUGAUGGUACGUUUCUCUGUCUAGGAAACAAUGAAAUGUAGACGUAAUGGUUCAAAAAAAAGGGGGGGGGGGGAGAAUCAGCUAUUACAGAAGCAUUGAGAUAGUAUGUAGUGGCCUACAUGUCACUAGGCUAACAUGAUUUUCAAAUGCGCGUGGCCUAUGUUGAUAUUUUGUAUUUCUUGGUUCAGAAUUUUUUAUGAAUUGACAUAUUUUUAUCUAUUUUUGUAAGUAAAAUAGACAUUACUGCCAGCAGAUCGAAAUAAAUAAUUUUUCAAAAAGUAUCUUGAAAUCAUUGUUAUAAGUGAAAUGUAUAGCUCAAACAGUCUAGUUCUAAAGAGUUCAUUUUUUUGUUAGACCAAGAAACAGAAUUUUCUUUUAGAAUGCUCGUAGAAGCUAUAUUUUUUUUAAGCAGUUUUUUAGAAAAAAAUUUGACGCUGAAAGAGUCCUGUUUUUGGUAGAAGAGCAGCGACUGUAACUAAAGUUUGAAAUCUCAUUGCUUUUCAAAAUCUUUGAUUCACUCCUCUUGAAAUCCUUCAAUGAUUUGAUAUCAAAUGCAGUGUCCAUAAAAAUGUGCAAUGAAAGUCAGCUUUCCAAGGUACUCUAAUCAUUGACUUAUAACACAAUCUAGACUGCGCACCGGGCCCGACUUUAGGCGGGGGAGGUAAGACAGCUAGGGGGGUAAAUUAGGGUAAAGACGAGCCUUCAGCUUAGUUGAUACAGCCGGAUAUACAAAGCGUACCAGGCAACGGCACAGGCAAGACUUGGCAUUUCCAUUGUCUCGGUACAUAUUGCAAUCCGAGUUGCCUUUCGUCUUGCUGAAAUUUCCUAAUGCGCGGUCUAGAUUGUAUUAUACAUCAAUGACUCUGAUCUACAGAUCAUCCCUGACAUUUGAACUCGUGUACUUCAAUUACAUCAACGUCAAAAAACAAAUUACUUAAAAAUCAGACUCUGGUCGAUCUAUUUCUUUCAUGUGUUUGAACCACAAAGAUGUACUUUUAAGAUAUUUAUAUAGCUAGAAACAAUUUGAACGGUUUCCUUUUGUUCAGUUGUAUGUUUUUUAUCAGUUUGUCAGAGUGCAAAAGCUACACUGUGUAAUUUUAUUGAACUGUUGUAAUUUUAUCGAAAACCUAGCUCUGGUCAAUGGUUAAGAUUAAGUAUUUUUUUCUCUUUUUUUUUUCAACCUAAUUAAAUCAACAGGCGUUGAGCUGGAGAGACUUGUAAACAAAGUUGUUACAUGUGUGUGCCCGUGCAUAAAAGCAACCCUGUUUUUCAUGUUCAAUAAAUUUUUCAAAAAUAAAAAA